AUGCCCUCCAUACAAGCUUUGUCUUCGACGCCCUUAGACAUUCCUCACGCUGUCCCCGAUCAUGCACUCCUUCCGUUCCUACGUUCGCAAUCUCAGAACACCCUGACACGCCUGUACCAGCGCCCUUCAUCAUGUCUGUCCAUUCUUCGCUUGCUCGGCCCUUUGGAGCGGCAGCUCAUUAUGAACUUGCUCUGGCUCGAGAGCGCAAUCCCAGUGUCUACUAUGGCAACAUGGGUCAUUCCUGACGGCAAAAAGCUCUACAACGAAGCCCUAUCAGCGGUGGUUGGAUUACACAUCAUCCAGAAUUCGACAGUCAAGCUUGCGCUCAACCCGACGUUCAAGUCCAGCCUGAGGCAGGCUAUUACUGGAGGCGGGACUACGUCUAGUUUCGGCGUUCCAGCAGAAAAGGAUGAAAAACGGCAGCCAGUCGGAAUAGACACGCUCGAUGCAUAUGCCCUCGAGAGGUGGGAGACUAUUUUGCAUUAUAUGGUCUCAUCAGGACAAGGACAACUUCCAACCAAGCCUUCCCAAGGCGUUUUGUUUCUUCUUCAGCGCAGCGGCUUGAUGCAAACUACCCACGGGUCUGCUCUGCAAAUAACCUCGGCAGGAUUCCAUCUGUUACUACAGUACUUGCACAUGGCAGAGGAAAGGCAAAUGGAUCUCGUCGAAGUCCUUAGCUUCCUCUUCAUGCUUUCCACCAUGGAACUUGGACGCGAGUACUCUGCGGAUUCAUUGAGUGAAACUCAAAAGGCCAUGCUAGAAGACCUGCGUGACUACGGUUUAAUCUGGCAACGAAAGGGGUCGUCAAAAUGCUUCAGUCCUACCCGUUUGGCAACCACCCUCACCUGCCUAUCACCACCGUUACCAACAUCUUCCACUGCCACCUCGGUGACGACCUAUGGCACUGAGGUGUCUCUGUCGUCGACCGCUGGGCCCCAAGGAUUCAUAAUCUUAGAAACAAAUUACCGAGUUUAUGCCUACACUAAUAACCCAUUGCAAACAGCUGUUUUGAACCUCUUCAUCACGAUGAAGUACCGCUUUCCCAACCUGGUAGUCGGAAUGUUGACUCGCGAGAGCGUUCGAAAGGCCUUGAGCAAUGGCAUUACUGCGGAUCAGAUCAUAAGCUAUCUUGUCGCUCACGCACACCCUCAGAUGCGGAAAAAUAAUCCCUUGUUACCAGUGACCGUGCAAGACCAAAUCAGGUUAUGGGAGCUGGAAAGAAAUCGCCUCAAAUCGGCAGAAGGCUUCUUAUACAAGGACUUCGCUUCCCAAGCGGACUACGAUUAUGUGUUGGCGUACGCAAAACAACUCGGCGUUGUCCUGUGGGAAAACACUACGAAACGGUCAUUCUUCGGCACUUUGGAGGGUCACGCGAACAUUAGAGGGUUCAUUGAGAGGAGAUCGGGUGCAUCCUGA